AUGACAGACGUCGACAUAAAUCUCCCACCUAUCGAGAGAAAGCUGGGACUGCAGAUAUGGGGCAUAGAGAAUAUGAAGAUGGUUCCUGUACCUGAAAAGGCUUAUGGGACUUUUUUUGAAGGAGACUGCUACAUAAUUCUACACACCAAAAGAACCUCUCGUGGCUCCGCCAUUGAUCUGCAUUACUGGAUUGGCAAGGACUCAUCUCAGGAUGAGCAAGGUGCUGCGGCCAUGUACGUCACCCAGCUGGACACCGCGCUGCGGGGCAGCCCCGUGCAGCACCGGGAGGUGCAGGGCCACGAGUCUGAGACCUUCCAGAGCUAUUUCCGCAGUGGCAUCAUCUAUAAGAAGGGAGGAGUGGCUUCAGGAUUUAAGCAUGUGGAGACAAAUAUGUACAACAUCAAGCGUCUUCUUCAUGUCAAGGGGAAGAAGCAUGUGUCAGCUACAGAGGUGGCACUUUCCUGGGACAGUUUCAAUAAGGGUGAUGUUUUCUUGCUGGACCUCGGGAAAGUGCUGAUCCAGUGGAAUGGACCCAGCUGCAGCAUUGCUGAGAAAUCCAGGGGCCUCGCGCUGGCUCGCAGCAUCAGGGACAGCGAGAGAGGGGGCCGGGCUCAGAUUGGCAUCAUUGACAACGAGAAGGACUCCCCAGACCUCAUGCAGAUCAUGAGGAUGGUGCUGGGCGAGCGGCGCGGGGAGCUCCGAGAUGCCAUCCCAGAUGCCAAAGCAGACGAGCUGCAGAAAGCCAACGUCCGGCUCUACCAUGUCUAUGAGAAGGACAAUGACCUGGUGGUACAGGAGAUAGCCACCCGGCCCCUGACGCAGGAUCUGCUCCAGCAUGAGGACUGCUACAUUUUAGACCAAGGUGGUUUUAAGAUUUACGUCUGGAGAGGAAAAGCCUCCAGCCCAGAAGAGAAAAAAGCAGCCUUCACUCGAGCUGUGGGUUUUAUCCAAGCCAAAGGCUAUCCUUCAUCCACCAAUAUUGAAGUCAUCAACGAUGGAGCAGAGUCAGCCAUGUUUAAACAGCUCUUCCAGAGGUGGACAGAGAAGAAUGAAACACAAGGACUGGGCAAAGUCUACACUACUGGCAAAAUUGCCAAGGUGGAGCAGGUGAAGUUUGACGCCACGCAGCUCCACGCCAGGCCAGAGCUGGCUGCUGAGCAGAGGAUGGUGGAUGAUGCCUCCGGGGAGAUAGAGGUGUGGAGGAUUGAAGACUUGGAAAUGCAGCCAGUGAAUCCCAAGACAUACGGGCAGUUCUACGGGGGUGAUUGCUACCUGGUCCUGUACACCUACCUGAGAUCAGGCAGGCCUCACUAUGUCCUCUACAUGUGGCAGGGCCGCCAUGCCUCUGUGGAUGAAGUCACUGCCUGUGCCCUCAACGCCAUCCAGCUGGACAAGAAGUGUGGGGACGAGGCUGUGCAGGUGCGCGUGACCAUGGGCAAGGAGCCCACACACUUCCUGGCCAUCUUCAAGGGCAAGCUGGUCAUUUAUGAGGGCGGCACGAGCCGGGCUCAGCACAGCACCCCCGAGCCGGCCGUCCGCCUCUUCCAGGUGAGGGGCACGGAUGAGAUGAACACCAAGGCCACGGAGGUGCCGGCUCGGGCCUCCUCCCUCAACUCCAACGAUGUCUUCCUGCUGGCAACCAGCCAGGUCUGCUACCUGUGGUGUGGGAAGGGGUGCAGCGGAGAUGAGAGGGAGAUGGCAAAAGUGGUGGCUGACAUCGUUUCCAAGCGGGAUAAGCACACCAUUUUGGAAGGACAAGAGCCAGCAGAAUUCUGGGAAGCCUUGGGAGGCAAAGCACCUUACGCCAGUGAAAAGAGGUUUCAAGAGCAGGUCACACACUACCAGCCUCGCCUCUUCGAGUGCUCCAACCAGACGGGCCGAUUCAUCAUGACAGAGGUGGUGGGCUUCUGCCAGGAAGACUUGGAUGAAGAUGAUGUCAUGCUGCUAGACACAUGGGAAGAGAUUUUCCUUUGGGUUGGCAAAGGCUCCAACACGUACGAGAGGAACGAGGCUGUUGCCUCAGCCAAGGAGUAUCUCAAGACCCAUCCAGCAGGGAGGGACUUGGCAACUCCAAUAAUACUGGUGAAGCAGGGCUAUGAACCCCUCAAUUUCACAGGAUGGUUCAACGCUUGGGACCCCUACAAAUGGAGUGAUGGCAAGUCCUACGAGGAGAUGAAGAACAGCUUAGGAGAUGUGUCAGCUAUAUCUGAGAUCAAAGUGGACCUUAACAACAUCAACCUGAACAAGAGGACGCUCAGCACGACCAGCUUGGCUGGUUCAAGUAUAGCAAGUGCUUCCCCAGAGUAUAAGUCACACCUCAACCACAGUGACAGCAACAGCUACAGCAACAGCAACAACUACAACAGCAACAGCAACUACAACAGCAACAGCAGCCCUUCCCUGGUGCCCAACGGGGAGGGAAUUUACUCCCGAGAAGUGCUGAUGCACAAGACAGUGGAUGAGCUUCCAGAAGAUGUGGAUCCCACUAAGAAAGAGUGCUAUCUCUCUGAUGCUGACUUCCAUGAUAUCUUUGGGAAGUCCAAGGACGAGUUCUACCAGAUGCCCAAAUGGAAGCAGCAGAAUGAGAAGAAGCAAUAUGGACUCUUCUGA